AUGGCCCUAAAGACCGUUAUGAUCACCGGAUGUAGCGACGAUGGCAUCGGUAAUGGUCUGGCACUGACUUUCCAAAAGCAAGGCUAUCACGUCUUUGCCACGGCCCGGAAUGUCGGCAAGAUGACCAAGCUGAAUGGUUUGUCUAAUGUCACCCUUCUACAGCUGGACGUCACAGAGCCGAGCCAAAUUGAAGCAGCCGUCGCUGCGGUUGAGGCUCAGACAGGAGGAAUCCUAGAUGUUCUCAUCAAUAACGCAGGUCGCAAUCACUUCAUGCCUUACCUGGACGAAGAUGUCGAACAAGUCAAGGCCCUCUAUGACAUCAAUGUUUGGGGACCACUGCGAGUGACCAAGGCCUUUGCACCAUUACUGAUCAAAGCGCAAGGCUCCAUAGCAUUUAUCACCUCGAUCUCUGGAUAUGUGAACGUUCCAUUCAUGGGAACCUAUGCCGGCUCAAAGCGAGCCCUAGAGCUCAUGGCAGAUACGCUUCGGCUGGAGUUGAUCCCAUUUCAUGUCAAGGUUCUGUGUAUCCCGACUGGGGCUGUUCGCACGCAAGGGCAGACCUACUUUGGAGAUUUCAAGUUACCGGAGAACUCUCUUUAUAAACCGAUCGAACAGACGAUCGCUGCACGGGCACAGGGUCAGGACGGCACCGAACGAAUGCCCUUGAUGGAAUACAGCAGCCAGGUCGCUGCCCAGAUCGAAAAGGGUGCGACUGGCCGCUUUUGGUGUGGAGCCAACUCCGAUAAGACGAAGGCUAGUCUUAGCGGUGAUUCCAAUGAGAUGAUGGUGAGCACUCUUUUCUUUUCUUUACUUUUUGUUUUGUGGGGAGAUGGGGCCCAACAACCGCUAAUUUAUGCACUUAUGCAGGACGAUAUCUUUGUCAAAAUCACUCAAUUGGAUACAUUGUAA